AUGGCAUGUGGCAGCGGUGGCCUCCACAAAUGGCUGGUUCUGCAGUUGACGAAUCCUGUUAUUUUGCUGGGGUUCCUCCUUCCCACCAGCUCAUUUCCUCCUCCUGAGUAUACGUCGUAUGAAGUGAUCACCCCAAGGCGGUUGGUGCUUUGGGGAGGGAAAGCCAAGAAGGGUGAACUUUCCUAUAUCCUCAAGGUAUCAGGAAAGGACUACGUCAUUCAGCUGAAACCCAGGAAGAAGGACUUCCUGGUCAAAAACCUCCCACUCUUCACAUACAGUUCUGAGGGCAGACGGGUCGAAAGUCAUCCGUACAUCCCUGUCAAUUGCUACCAUGAAGGGCACGUGAAUGGCGUAGCCAAUUCGCUUGUGGUUCUUAAGACCUGCUCUGGCUUGACAGGAUUCCUAAGUAUCAGAGACAGAAAUUAUGGCAUAGAACCUUUCCGCGAUUCUUCAGCUUUUCAGCACCUUCUCUACUUGAUCAAAGAACCAAGGCCUUCUAUGUGUGGAGUGAGAGCUCCAGUUGCAAAGCGUCAGGCAGAAGAACUGAGGAGAGAGAGGUGGCAACGGCCUGACCCAAGGCGCCCAAAAUACAUUGAGCUGUACAUUGCUGUGGAACAGAAGCUGUUUCAGUUUGAAGGUGCCAAUGAAACCAGGCUGACGUACCUCAUUUUGGACAUAGUUAACUUAAUUGAUGCGCACUUCCGGAUGCUGCAUACAAAUAUUGUCCUGAUUGGACUGGAGAUCUGGAACCAAGGCAACCCUUUCAAGGUUGAAAAUGACAUCAGGUUGCUUCUGAAUACUUUCAACAGCUGGAGAGUGAACAGUAUUGCAAAGUGGAUUAAGCACGACACAGCCCUGUUGUUCACCCACCAGAAGUUCCAUCACGCCCUCGGGAAGUCCUACAGAUAUGCCAUCUGCAGGCCGAGCCAUUCUGCAGGGGUUCUGAGCUACUGGCAGAAGAAUCCAAUUCUCUUUUCAAGGGCCAUUUCCCAUGAGCUGGGUCAUCACAUGGGGCUUGAACACGACAAACCCAACUGUGUUUGUGGAGGGUACAAAAGCUGCAUCAUGCAUUCGUACAUGGCAGAGACGAACAAGUUCAGCAACUGCAGCAUUCACACUUACGCAGAACUCGUGCUGCAUGGCGCCCUGGACUGCCUGGGCGACAGGCCCCAAAGAACGGCAUCUUACAAGAGAUGCGGCAACGGACUGCUGGAUAAGGGGGAAGAAUGCGACUGCGGCGGCAUACGGAGGUGCAGGCAGGAUCCUUGCUGCAACACCAACUGCACCUUGAAGCCGCGUGCGCAGUGCUCUUCUGGGCCAUGUUGUAAAAACUGCCGCUUCCUUCCAGGUGGAGAGCUUUGCCGAAUUCAGAUCAACGAGUGUGACCUUCCCGAGUACUGUAAUGGGGAAUCCGAGUGGUGCCCCAACGAUGUGUACAUGCAAGACGGGACGCCGUGCGGCAACCUGGAGUCCCAUUGUUAUGCCAAGCAGUGUUGGACUCACAACUUCCUGUGCGCCAGGAUCUUUGGCUAUGGAGCCAAAGCGGCUCCGGAAUCCUGCUUCCAGUCUCUGAAUACCGUGGGGGAUGAGUAUGGCAACUGCGGCGGCGAUUCGACAGGAAGUACUUUUGUGAAAUGCCAGCCUCAAGACGUAAAGUGCGGGAGAGUUCAGUGCACCGACGUCGGAGCCGUACCUUCAUUACCACACUAUACCGCGACUACCACUAAGUUGUCUGGUGCUGGCUGCUGGAGCGUGGCCUACCACGGCGGGACGGAUUUCGUGGAUCUCGGAGUGGUGCCCGAUGGCACUCCAUGUGGCCCUGGGAGACUCUGCAAGAACCAGACGUGCGUUUUCAGGAAGAAGGCAGCGUGUGACCCCAGGAAAAAGUGCAGUGACAGAGGUGUUUGUAACAACCGCAACAACUGCCACUGCGACAACGGCUGGGGCCCUCCGUACUGCAAGUAUUGGGGGCUCGGGGGAAGCAUCGAUGGCGGGUAUCCAAGGCAGAACUGGAGCACAAAAAUGGUGAGGAAAGCUUUUGAAGUAGUGAUCCCUGUAGGAGUCCUGGUUCUUGCCGCUCUCACUGUCAUUGUGCCAAGGCUGGGGAAUAUACUGGGAUGGUUAGGAAAUCAACGUAAGCGAUUCAGCAGCUCAUGGGUUGGAGAGAAUCUGCAGGGUAGCAGCCCAGCUGUUGACAAAACUUUGGAUUCUAAAGAGUAA